UUGAUCCAGGUCCAGGCGCGCGACUUGGUAGUGGGUGGGGCUCGAACCGGGUAUAAAAGAAGCGGCGGCGAGGCUCGUGCCGCUUUGCAGACGCCACUGUCGCUUUCUCGCCGCUUGCUGCAGUCAUGGUCAACCCCAUCGUGUUCUUCGACAUCACGGCCGAUGACGAGCCCUUGGGCCGCGUCUCCUUCGAGCUGUUUGCAGACAAAGUUCCAAAGACAGCAGAAAACUUCCGUGCUCUGAGCACUGGAGAGAAGGGAUUUGGCUAUAAGGGUUCUUCCUUUCACAGAAUUAUUCCAGGAUUCAUGUGCCAGGGUGGUGACUUCACACGCCAUAAUGGCACUGGCGGCAGGUCCAUCUACGGAGAGAAAUUUGAGGAUGAGAACUUCAUCCUGAAGCAUACAGGUCCUGGCAUCUUGUCUAUGGCAAACGCCGGACCAAACACAAACGGUUCCCAGUUUUUUAUCUGCACUGCCAAGACUGAAUGGCUGGAUGGCAAACAUGUGGUCUUUGGAAAGGUGAAAGAAGGCAUGAACAUUGUGGAAGCCAUGGAGCGUUUUGGGUCCAGGAAUGGCAAGACCACUAAGAAGAUCAUCAUUUCCGACUGUGGACAACUCUAAUUUCUUUUGACUUGCGGGCAUUUUACCCAUCAAACCAUUCCUUCUGUAGCUCAGGAGAGCGUCCCCACCCCAUCUGCUCGCAAUACCCUGUAAUCUCUGCUCUCACUGAAGUUCUUUGGGUUCCAUAUUUUCCUCAUUCCCCUUCAAGUCUAGCUGGAUUGCAAAGUUAAGUUUAUGAUUAUGAAUAAAAACUAAAUAAGAA